GCAGUCUGUAGUACUUCUACCUUCGUACAAUACGGUACAAUAGUCUACCAUGCGUUACUGCCUCUAAAAAGAAUCGGAAUCCAUCCCAAUCUGUCCUCCUUUCACUGACGAACGACGAGGUCGACGAUGUCCAGAAACUGAACCAAGGGAACAUUCUGCAUUCAGUUUCCAAUUUCUUGCAACGAUCCACGCAGAAAGACGUUUGCAUUCUUUUCGAGAGCGGGGAAGACUCCAGAAACGACAUACUUCAAAGAACCAAAUACAGCCUCCAAAUCCAACGGAUCCCAAACGAUGCCGCUCGGAGACAGCAACGGCGGCGGCGAGACUGCGUGUUCGUCUUUGUGGUGGUGUGCCGCGGUUUCCCGCGCCAUUUCGAACGACAGCGGGGAUGGCCUGGUGGAAACCGCGCUGGUAGUUGGCGCAACAACGGUGGUUCUCGUCCUCUGGCUUCUGUCCGGAGGCAGGGGCAAGAAGAGCAGCAACAACGGCGGCACGGGCCACCACCACUACGCCGACAUCCCCUGGGCCCCGGGAGGCCUCCCCCUCCUCGGACACGCCCUUUCCUACCAGAGGGACCCCUCGGGCUUUUUGCUGGGGGCCAGGGAAGCCUGUGGCGGGAGCUCUCUCUUUUGGGUCAACCUGGCGGGCCGGAGGAUGGUCCUGGUCUGCGGGCCGGAAGAGCAGAGGCAGCUGGCGGGCCUCCCGGACUCGGUCCUAUCGCUCAGGGAGGCGAUCGCCGAGAUUGGCUUCGAGCAGAGCCUGGGCCGCAAGAACGUCUACGAGGGCACCCAGAUCCACAAGGGGAUCGUCAAGGCCAUCUGGAGCAGGGCCGCCAACGAAAAGAACAGCGACAGCGGCAACGAACAGAGGGGGCCUGCCGACCGGCAGCUGGUGGCCUGGCAGGACUCCAUCCGGGGAGCUAUGGAGAAGGAGCUGGCGGUAGCAUCGAGCGCAGCAACAGCGGGCAGCGGCGUCAAGGUCGAGUUCCUCGGGUUCUUGCGGCGCGUCAUGCUCCGGGCCUCGGUCGAGAUGUUCCUCGGGAAAGCCUUCCUGGCGGGCUGGACGGGCUUUGACUUUCUGGAGGAAUUCGUAGGCUUUCAGGACACGCUGGAAGACGUCACCGCCAAGGCGGCGGUCCUGCCGAGGUGGUUCGCCCUGGUGGCCCUGCUGUGGCCGCUGGGCCGGAAGCGGGAAACCCUGCAGCGCGUCAUCGAGAAGCGCCUGGAGGCCGUCCUGGGCAUGGACGGUGACAAUGACGCUGGCUUUUGGCUGGAAGCGGUGCUGGCCCAGGGGGUCCCGGUCUCCGACGUGGCCGAGUUUGUGGUGGGCCUGCUCUUUGCGGCCCACAAGAAUCCCGCCAUCGGGGCGGCCCAGACCUACCUGCUCCUGAGGGAACACGGCUCGGAGGAGGUCCUGGAACGGUGCAGAAGCGAGGCCGAGGCGCUCCUGUCGGAAACCGAUCCGGUCCCCUGGUCCGGAUUGGGGGAGGCCCUCCCGACGCUGCGGAGGGCGUGCCUCGAGAGCCUGCGGCUGACGGCUCAUUCCAUCGGUGGCAUCCGCAAGGCACAGAGGGACAUCACGGUCACCGUAUCCGCGGAGAAGGGGGACCAGCUCCUCAGAAACGAAGCGGCAGCGGCAGCGAAAACAAUCACCUACCAGAUUUCCAGGGGCACAACGGUGGGCUUUGCCCACACCACGUCCAGCCUGGAUCCGUCGAUUUGGGGGGCCGACGCGGCGCGCUUCGACGCGGGCCUGGACCGCUACCCGGAGGACAAGUACCAGGACGACUAUUCGUUCACCACCUUUUCGAACGGGACGCACAGGUGCCCCGGCCGGGUCCUGGCGAUGGUCCAACUCCAGCUGGCCAACGCCCUCCUGCUGGCGGAGUACGAGGUGGAGCUGCCGGAAACCCUGCCGGCCCUGGACUUUGAGCGUGCCACCCUCGCGCAGCGGGAAGGGCCCGUCCUGGUGUCCAUUACGAAGCGGACCCGAACCUAGGCCAUCGAUCUAAUCUCCCGAAUCGGUUGCCGGGGUGAAUGGGGGGUUGAGAUCAACAAAGCCUUAAAACACCC